AUGGGCUUGAUGCUGGCCACGUGGAAGGUAGGUGUAAUCCUGAGGGAUGGUGGCAGCUGCAGAAGGUACCUGCAGUUACUUACCCUCUCCUUCCUCAUCCAGGGCUCCAGGCAGACCACAGCACACUUCCGGACCUAUGUGGAGAACCACACCAGGCACUCGGACGACCUGAGCCGGAAGCAAAUCCGAAUUUACCAGCUCUACAGCCGGACCAGCGGCAAGCACGUCCAGGUGCUGGGCAAGAAGGUUAACGCCAACGGGGAGGAUGGUGGAAAAUACGCUCUUCUGGUGGUGGAGACGGACACCUUCGGCAGUCACGUAAGGAUCAAGGGAAAAGAGACGGGACAUUACAUCUGCAUGAGCAAACGUGGGAAGAUUCUCGGCAAGGUCAAUGGGAAGAAUCGCGAAUGUGUGUUCGUCGAGGAAGUGCUGGAAAAUAACUACACAGCACUGAUGUCUGCCAAGUACAAGGGGUGGUACCUGGGAUUCACCAGGAAAGGGCGGCCAAGAAAGGGAUCCAAGACGGAGCAGAACCAGAGGGAGGUGCAUUUCAUGAAAAGGCUUCCCAAGGAUAAGGAGGAGCAUCAUAAACCCUUCAAAUACACCACAGUGACUAAAAGGACGAGGCGAACUCGCCAUCAGAGGCCAGCUAGAGCCUGA